UUUAUUUUGGAUUAGGAUUCCCAUGGCAUGUGAACUAGAAGAUAAUUUGAAAUAGAAGGUCUCUUUGUUUUGAAGUGACAGUCUUUAUCAAAAUGGUUGGAAAACUCAAACAGAACUUGCUAUUGGCAUGUCUGGUGAUCAGUUCAGUGACAGUGUUUUAUUUGGGCCAACACGCUAUGGAGUGUCACCAUCGAAUAGAAGAACGCAGCCAGCCUGUGAGGAUGGAAAGUAUGAGAAGCACAGUAAGAACUGCUUCCAAUGUGAAUGCAAACAAAACCUUUGCUUACAACAAAGACAUGCCUUUAAUAUUUAUUGGAGGAGUACCUCGAAGUGGCACUACCUUAAUGCGUGCCAUGCUUGACGCCCACCCGGAUAUUCGAUGUGGAGAAGAGACAAGGGUAAUCCCGCGAAUUCUGGCAGUUAAGCAGAUGUGGGCUAGAUCAAGUAAAGAGAAGAUCCGACUGGAUGAAGCUGGAGUCACAGAUGAGGUUCUGGACUCAGCCAUGCAAGCAUUUCUAUUGGAAAUCAUUGUGAAACAUGGGGAACCUGCUCCAUAUUUGUGUAACAAAGAUCCUUUUGCUUUAAAAUCCUUAACUUAUCUUGCUAGAAUUUUCCCCAAUGCCAAAUUUCUCCUAAUGGUACGGGAUGGUCGUGCAUCUGUGCAUUCCAUGAUCUCUAGAAAAGUCACAAUAGCUGGAUUUGACCUUAACAGCUACAGGGACUGCUUGACCAAGUGGAAUCGAGCUAUAGAAACUAUGUAUAACCAGUGUAUGGAGGUUGGUUUUGAAAGGUGUAUGCUAGUACAUUAUGAACAGCUCGUAUUGCAUCCUGAAAGAUGGAUGAGAACUCUCUUAAAGUUUCUUCGCAUCCCGUGGAACCAAGCUGUGCUGCACCAUGAAGAAAUGAUUGGAAAAGCAGGGGGUGUUUCUCUUUCAAAGGUUGAAAGAUCUACUGACCAAGUUAUCAAGCCAGUCAAUGUGGAAGCACUGUCAAAGUGGGUUGGGAAGAUACCUGCUGAUGUUCUGCAAGAUAUGCCCGUGAUUGCACCAAUGCUAGCAAAAUUGGGCUAUGAUCCAUAUGCCAAUCCGCCAAAUUACGGAAAACCAGAUCAAAAAGUUGUGGAAAACACAAGGAGGGUCUAUAAAGGUGAAUUUCAGCUUCCUGACUUUCUUAAAGAAGUGCCACAGCCAAAGAAGACAGUAGAAAGGAAGUCUCGUGGCAAGAUAAAAUGAACAUGGAUCAGUAAAGUCGAAUAGCUGUAGUACUGAACCUAUGGAAUAGAAGAUGCAAUGGGUAUCUCUUGCACAGAAGAAAAGACUGCUGCCUUUUCAAUGGAAGGGAUCUUACAAGGACUGUCCCACUGAGAUCAGCGAGGUGUACUGCUCAUGGCCUGCUUUUUUCAGAAUUUUCUCCCCCAUUUCUUUCAUACUUUUUUGUUAAAAAAUUUUUGCUGUUGUGAGCGCAUGUAAACCUGUUUAAAAA